ACUUGCAUAUUCUAACAAUAUAGCGGUCAGGAAUGUUUUUAGCUUUGCACAAUGUCAGGUUGUCUUUCCUGUAUUAGAAGAAGAUUCUCCAUAAAACCCAAACAACUGUUGAACUUCCCAAAAAGAUAUCUGGGUCAACCAAGCCCUUUUACUCACCCUCAGUGCUUAAAACCAGGAGAGGUAACGCCAGGUUUGACCCAGACAGAAUAUGCACUCCGUCGUUACAAGUUGAUGUCCCUUAUCCAGAAGGAAUCUCAAGUUCUGGGUUGCAGUACAGACCAUGCUGUCAUCAUUUUGUCCAACCCUACGCUGUACAUGACCAGUGACAUCCCCUUCCCUUUUCACCAGAAUAAUGAUUUCCUUUAUUUAUGUGGGUUUUUGGAGCCUGAUAGCAUCCUGUUACUGCAGAGCCAAUCUGGGCAAGCAUUACCUUCUCACACUGCCAAGCUGUAUGUGCCACGCAGGGAUCCUGGCCGAGAAUUGUGGGAUGGGCCUCGUUCUGGCACAGAUGGAGCACUGUCUCUUACUGGGGUAGAUGAGGCUUUCACUACAGAGGAGUUUAAACAUGUCCUGCCAAAGUUGUAUGAUGAGGGAGUAACAGUGUGGUAUGACAGCACAAUACCAGUCCACCCUGCCCUUCACACCAGUUCCCUGCAGCCAUUGGUUGAAUUCAGAUCACGGAGCAAGAACAGAAUUAGGCCUCUACGGCAUCUAGUACAGCAGCUGCGGCUUGUUAAGUCACAGGCUGAACUGGAGCUAAUGAAGAAAGCAGGCCAUAUAUCAUCUCAGGCCUUCAUAGAGACCAUGAGCUGUCGAAAGGCUCCUGUGGAGGAAGCUUUCCUAUAUGCCAAGUUUGACUUUGAAUGCCGAGCUCGAGGUGCUGAUAUUCUCGCUUAUCCUCCGGUGGUUGCUGGAGGGAACAGAGCAAAUACUCUACACUAUGUGAAGAACAACCAAAUAAUUAAGUCUGGAGAGAUGGUUCUGCUGGACGGUGGCUGUGAAGCAUCCUGCUAUGUCAGUGACAUCACACGUACAUGGCCAGUGAAUGGGCGGUUCACUGCUCCACAGGAGGCAUUGUAUCAAGCUGUACUGGACGUACAGAAGUCUUGUCUAAGGCUUUGCUUUCCUGGAACAAGUUUGGAAAACAUCUACAGCCAUAUGCUAGCUAUGAUAGCAAGAAAACUGAAAGACUUGAAGAUCGUGUCUAGAGGAUGCAGUGAAAGUCAGCUCUUUAAGGCUGCCCGCAAAUACUGCCCACAUCAUGUUGGCCACUAUCUUGGCAUGGAUGUGCAUGAUACACCGGGUGUGUCUCGUUCAGUGCCUCUACAGCCUGGCAUGGUGAUCACGGUGGAACCAGGGAUUUACAUUCCUGAGGAUGAUACUGAAGCACCCCAACAAUACAGAGGCCUUGGUAUUCGUAUUGAAGAUGACGUAGUCAUUACGGAACAAAGCCCAUUAAUCCUCUCUGCUGACUGUCCUAAGGAAAUCUAUGAAAUGCAGAAGGUGUUUGGUACAGGAUCCUGACCCACGGACAUUUAUGAAUUUAGGCUGGGACAGUCUCAGGAACCAUGUCUUUGAUUUUACAAAAUGGUGCAAGAUUCCUGUUCUGCAAAGAAAAUUUCAAUGGAUUUUUAUUAAAUAUGUAAAGGAUUGAAUAAACAAAGUCUUUUUCUAAAUGGGGACACCAUAUGUAUUUAUACUUCUAAAUAUAUAGGAUACAGUAUAUAUGAUAGCAACCUUUCCUCUUUGGAAACAAGUCAUUAGCUCUACUGUAAAGAAGCGAGCUACACAGAAUGGUUAGGUGGCCUUGUAUUAGUGUUUCAGCUGAGUGUAAACUCCCCAGUUGCCCUGUUUGACGAGCAGGCCCUGACUGGGAUUUAAAAAGGCCCAAACAGCCCCCCUAAUAGUCACUGUCUCUGGUAUUUGCCAAAAUCCAUAUUUCCAGUCUCGGCUAUAAAUGACAUGCCUCGACUUCAAUGGAGUUCACUAAAUGACAGUCCCUGUCCCUGGCCACAUCGUAAUAUGAUUAUGACCAAAAAUGGGACAGAAGACCUUUUGAUAGAUACUUUGUACUCCCUUAUUAUUAUUAAUAGCAAUAAUGAAGGGAAUCUAUCCUUUAUAUUGAAGGGAAUAAUUAAUCUUGAGUAAAUACUAUAAACCCCCAAAUAUGAACAGUAUCCUCAUUUUACAAGUCUAUAUAAAAAUAUCAUGGUUGCAGAAAAUUCCCAGAAGCCGAUUAAUUAGGGCAAGAAUAAACCCUAUGAAUAUUGUAUCGGUAUCAUGAUGAAAUUUUGAAGUCAGUUGGGAAAGUCCAGAAGAUAAAUUGCUGGAACCUUAGAUAAACAAGGAAAGUGAGGAAACAGGAUCAAGUGCUGUUUAGAACCCAUUAUAAUACUUGGCAGUUACAAAAAAAACAAACAAACCCCUAAUAAAUAAUAUAUACUAUAUAAUGUACCAUAUCCAGGUGCAACCUCAGGUAUAGCAAUACUCCAAAUCUAGCAGUGGGAAAAAACUAGUCAGCUAUAUUCAAAGAAACUGAUGUAAAAGUGUGGCUUUGGUCUUCAGUAUUCUGAAUGGACAUUGCAGAAGGAUAAUCCUGGGACUGGUCCAAUUGCCCUUUUGGACUCAGGAGAGACUGCAGUUUUUUCCCUCUGUAUCAACUAUAAGUUUCAUUGCACAAAAGGUCAAACCUGAUGUACAUGUGUCUAUUACUCCCCCUUAUCUACUGUUACUAAACAUUUAAGCUCAGAAUUGCAGUUGUCUCUCUUUAGAAUUCCUGUGAAUAUACAAAUACAGAAAGUAUUAUCUAUACAAAAUUAGCUUUGCCUUCUUACUUCAUAGAUUGUAGAAUGAGUAAUGAAGCAUAUAAAGAGGCUAAACAUGCACUUGCUAAAGAUAACCCCAAAACAUGUUUUAUUGAAAUUCUAUUCUGUUUGAGAAAAAUAAAAACUACAGACUUUUAAA